GAUGUUUUCAGACGAGCAAUGAUUUUUCUCGUAACCUGAUCGGCCCAUUUUGCACAAACCUAACGGGGCAUACUCGCCCCACCCGGCCCCAAAAGAGAAAAAAAAACAAAGAAAAAGAAAGGAGGAACGAGAACAGUGAAGUUGCGGACUUGUACCUAGUAUAGAACCCUCAAUCUUCGCUCCCCAACGGAUCAAAAUCAAGCGACGAGGGGUUUCCAUUCUCCCGCUGGCGUAAUCUCCGCCUCCUGUCUCUGAAGAGAGAAAGAGCGAGCCAGGAUCGAACAAAUCAGGGAAUAUGAAGAGGCAGGCACCAUAUGAUGCCAGUGUCAAUCCAUAUGCUGCUUCUCAGAUGCAGCACAUGGCUGCGCAGAGAAUGCAACACAAUGCUGGAUUAAACAAUUUCCCUGGAAGGCCAGACUUUUAUCCUGGUGAGGAAGAGAAUCCAUACAUGUCUUCAAAAUCAGAAGGGCAUUCACAGUGGGGCAGAGAUGCCCCUAAAGUAUCAGAUCCACUGCCAUCUCAUUCAUACAAUGAAGGUCCAGGGGGCAACUCAAGUAGGUCUUUUUACCAAGGUCAGAUAUCAGACCCAAAUCUGGUUUCGGAGAAACAAGGCAACAAAGAAUCCAGCAUUCAGCCCCACGAGCAAGAUAUGGACAUUGGUUACGAAGAGAAUCCUUUACCAUCAAGUUUUGAAGGUCUUGAAAAAAAAUUCCUUGAUGAAAUUAUGAAAUUAACCAAAGAACAGAAUGAUGCAGAAGAUGUGGAAAAUGCUAGGCACAGAGAGAAAAUAGUUGAGAUCAAUAUGAGGUAUCUGGAAAAACUGUCAUCACUUCGUGCUCGACAUGCCAACUUGAGGGAAGAGUUCCUCCGCAAGGAAUCACAGGCAAGGUUACAUCAGUACCAGCAGGCUGGAAUGAGUCUCUACCCUAAUAACACGGGCCUGAGCGAUGCUCAUGGCUAUGGUGGAGCAGCAGCUGCAGCUGCUGCUGAAGAUGCACAUCGAGCUUAUGCCUUUGAAUCUUACCGAGAGCGGGGUCAGUUUCUGGGGCAUGGGAGAACUCAAGGAACUGAAGCUAGGGUUCCUUACCCGGGAGGGCGUGUUUACAACACUGGUGGCCGUUAUUAUUAGUGACAUUGCUCAAGCCUUUUAGCAUGUAGGUUAGGCCAAUAUACUGAUUUCAUCCUUGUCCUUUCUCUUUUUGUAGUGUUGCCUAAUAUUUUCUUUCCUUGACAAGUCCCACAUUGAGCAUUAAUAUGUGCUUCAAGAACUGAUUGUAAAUGCUAUGCCCUUGUUGUCUCCAUUUUAACGCUCAUCUUUUGCCCAGGGAAUCUUUUCCUGUUGAUCUGGUUGUAGCUGGUUGAUUCCAUUCUCUAGAAUUCACUGCCUUGAUGGCUGUUGUCUCAUAUUUCUGGCCAUGAGAUUCUUAGUCAAGUGACACUAUUAUCUUUUUCCA